AUGACUUCGGUACCUGACGGACGAUCCAUCGGCAUGGCUCGCCGCGGAACGGCCCGUAAGCGCUCGCUACCAAGAAAAUCCAUAGGACGAGAGGUGGACAACAAAUCGUGCUUGUCCGGCUCCAAGAGGUUUGAUGAAACGGAUGGGAAAUUUGGGAUUGUACCUUAUCAAAGUGGGGGUAUUCUUGGAGCGGUGAGCGACCAGACUUUCCAGAUCGAGACGGCGAACAACUUGGAAGUUCUCAUCAUGAUGCCGUCUUUCCACUGCUCGCUGAUCACAUGCACUAUGCUGAACGCCAAGCAAGCACCGGCAGAAUCGGAACAUGUAGAGGUUGUUUAA